CGCGGCUAGUUCAAGAUGGCGGAGCUCGAGCAGCUGUUAGACGAGAGCUCUUCAGCUAAAGCCCUUGUUAGUUUACGAGAAGGAAGUUUGUCUAAUACUCUAAAUGAAAAGAACAAUUUACCAAAAUCUCAGACCACCAGGGGAAGGAGCAGUUACAUUUCAAUGGAAACGCCAACAAGGAGCUCAAAGAGGAGUCGACUUUCAUGUGAGGAUGAGGAGCGGCCAAUCAUCUCCAGAUCCCCCAGGAGGAGCCAGAGGGUCACCACUGUGCCUCAGAAACUCGCAAACGUCACAACACCAGAUAAAAGGGCUUCACAGAAAAUUGGACUAAGACUAAGAAAUCUACUCAAACUGCCCAAGGCGCACAAAUGGUGCAUCUAUGAAUGGUUCUAUUCAAAUAUCGACAGGCCUUUAUUUGAAGGAGACAAUGACUUCUGCCUGUGUCUGAAGGAGUCUUUUCCUAAUCUAAAAACCAGGAAGUUGACCAGAGUGGAAUGGGGAACAAUCAGGAGACUUAUGGGCAAACCUCGCAGAUGCUCCUCAGCGUUCUUCUCUGAAGAGCGAAUGGCUCUGAAACAGAAGAGGCAGAAGAUGCGUCUCCUGCAGCAGAGGAAAAUCACAGAUAUGUCUCUAUGCAAAGACCUGCCAGAUGAGAUUCCUUUGCCCUUGGUUAUUGGGACUAAAGUUACAGCUCGUCUUAGGGGUGUCCAUGAUGGGCUGUUUACUGGUCAGAUUGAUGCAGUGGAUACCAGUGCGGCAACGUAUCGGGUCACAUUUGACAGAAAUGGGCUCGGCACACAUACAGUUCCUGACUAUGAAGUGCUUAGUAACGAACCUCAUGAGACAAUGCCCAUAUCUGCUUUUGCUCAGAAACAGCGGCCACCUCGUUUCCAGAACUUUUUGACUCCACCACGUGGGUCUUAUCCAGCCUCAACACAGUCCAUCUUAAUGAACAGUGAUCCUCUGUUCAGUCAGUCCCCAUGGAAAAGUAAACUGACAGGAACAGAUGGAGAGACACUGGGUGGAUUUCCUGUCAAGUUUCUUGUACAAGUGACUCGCCUGUCCAAAAUCCUCAUGAUUAAAAAAGAACAUAUAAAACUUUUGAAAGAGAUGAACACAGAAGCUGAAAAAUUGAAGUCGUACUCCAUGCCGAUCGGUCUGGACUUGCAGAAGAGAUAUGCCACAACAGUGCUGGAUCUGGAACAGCUUAAUAAAGACCUCAACAAAGUCCUGCUUGAAGUCCAGCAGUUUUGCUAUGAGCUGGCCCCAGAUCAGGGCAUGCAGCCUGCAGAUCAGCCCAGCGAGCUGCGAAGGCGUUGUGAAGAAGAAUCGCAGGAUGUUGUGCGGCAAAUUAACGCAAUGCCUGAUGGAGAACAGCGUGUCCAGAGCCCUGACCUAACCCAGCUCGUCUCCCGUCUCACAGCCCUCCUGCUUCAGAUCAGGUGUUUGGCCGAAGGGGGUGACUUGAACUCAUUUGAAUUCAAAUCGCUCACAGACUCUCUGAAUGACAUAAAGGUUUCGAUAGAUGACUCUAACCUCAGCUGUUUUCAGGAUAACGUGGAGAUCCAUGUAGCACACAUACAGAGCGGGCUAAGCCAGCUGGGUAACCUCUAUGCUUUCUCUGCCAACAACACCAACAGAACGUGACUGAAAUUAAACGUACACCCCAGACUCCAAUCUCAAACACAGCAGCUCACCUCUUCAGCCCACUGUUUGUUCUUCUUGUUUGAUCUGUUCAACAUGUAAUGAAGAGGUCAGAAUGUGUGUUCAGUGACUAUCAGUUCAAAUUCCAUGCCUAAAGGCACCAAAGUGUCUUUGGUGAAGAUGUUCAACUAGCUAGCACGUGUGCUACAAAAAAGUGAGGCAAACAAGUUUGUGUGUUCUGAAGAUGUAAUGGUUUGAUUGUCAUUUCAGUUGUCUCUCUCAACUUAUAUUUAAGGUUCCCUUGUUUUUAUUGCUGGUUUCCAACUGGGGUGUAUGCCAAAUGACACUCCUCAUUGGUGCAAUUUCUAUUUGUUUGUUUGUAACAGUGUUUUGCAUUAUAUUUUAUUCUUUCUCUCUGAACUUUUAUCUCAAAGUGCUUAAAGGGAUAUUUCACCCAAAAAUAAAAAUUGUCAUUUGCUCACUCUCAUGUUCCUAACCCAUAUGACUUUUUCCAUCCAUGGAACACAAACUAUAUUUGGCAAAAUGUUAGUCUCAGUCACCAUUCACUUUCAUGGCAUCUUUUUUUAUAUGAUAGAAGUGAAUGGUGACUAAAGCUAACAUUCUGCCUAAAAAGCUUUUAUUCCCCUUUGAACAAAUAAAGUCGUACAGGUUUGGGAAAAUGUGGAAGUGAGAAUGAAUUUUUUUUUUGUUGAACUUUCCCUUUAAUUUUGAGUAUCACAAGAGAGGAUUCACUGUUCGGUUUUAAAUUUGUUCUGUCAGUUUUAAAUAUGUAUAUUGUAGAUAAUUGUACAGUUCACUCAAAAUAUAUCAAUAAAUCGAUCAUAUAUAGGGUAAUGUGGACAUUUUUGGACUUGCAGAUUUAGGUAUUUUUGUAAAGCAGUCAAUCUGUUUAUACAAGUCCUAAAAUAGACAGCUGUGUGCACUAAAACACAGUCCUAAAUCUUGUCCUUAGAUUAAUAUUUUACAUUUGUUAGUUUUCUGGGGUGUUUUUUAACCUGUAAGGGUAUG